UUCCGAGCACGUCCACCAGUCACGCCACACGCGCCGUGGGCGGUGGAGUAGAGGUUGGCGAGGGCCGGGAGACAGUCAGUGGCGGUCAGUGGCGCGCAUCACUUUCUGUCUUCUCCCAGCACGUGCCUGACGUCAACCAUGAAGACAUGGAGCUCAACAUUCGUGGUCACCAUCGCAUUCACUGUAGCCUGGUGCAUCGCCAGCACUGAAGGUAACCUAUGCACCAUUCAGAUGGUGACAAGAAACUACACCUAUCUUCAGGUGGCAGCGACGAGAAGCUUGGUGGGCCCCGACCAGCUGAUGACAUUCACCGUCCUCACCUGCAACGACGCGACGUUGCUGCUGUCGGAAAACAGCACGGACCAGACCAAUAAUAUCUUUGAGAUCGUGUUGGGGGGUUGGACCAACUCCAAGUCCGUUAUACGUAACGCCACACAAGGCCAGGCUCUUGUGUCGACUAGUCACUCCCCCCUCAGCUGCACGGCGACCAGGGCGUUCUACAUCAGGUGGGACCUGAACAUUCUCCGUAUCGGCAAUCUGACCGGACAGUCCGGUGCUUGGACUCCUGCCAGUCCUUUUCUGACCUGGAACAUGACCUCUACACACAAGAUCAACUACGUCUUUGUCGCCAGCUGGGACAAGCCAGGGAACUGGACGUUUGAUAACUGCUCAAGUUUGACAUCAACAUAUUCCUCGGGUCAGACAGCAAGUGGUACAACCACUGACAUCACUUGCUGCUCGGAUCAGGUAACAAAUGCCACGACUGCUGAAAUAACAUCAUCAACACCGGCAAUAAAAACAACAGCAGAAACAACAACAACAACGUCGACAAAAUCAUCAGCGUCAUCAACAACAGCAACGACACCGAUCUCAUCAACAACACUAACAGCAGAAACAAUAACAACAACGUCGACAAAAUCAUCAACGUCAUCAACAACAGCAACGACACCGAUCUCAUCAACAACACCAGCAGCAGAAACAACAGCAACGUCAGCAAAAUCAUCAGCGACAUCAACAACAACAACGACAGCACUAGUCACUGCAGCUGAGAACACAGUAGCAACUUGGACUACAGCAUCUGGGUCUCAAGUCAGCACAAAUGACAACAGGGUUAGCACAGGAGCUACAGCCGAUGGCAGCGCAUCAACAAUGAGUGUCUCAUCGCACAGCACGACCUCUGACACCAAGCAGUGCGCCUGCGGGUGUAAAAUGGUCACCUCUGUCAACUUGAGCAGCUCGGUGCUGGAGGAGAGCAUCCGUCACCUGGUGGGCGAGCUGAAGGUCCAGCCCAAGAAUACCUUUGCCUACUCUCAGCGUCUGAAUAGUGCUCACGACCCGCGAGUUUCCAGUGGCGCCAUCGGGAUCGUCGGCAUCGUUUGCAUGGCCCUCCCUUUCGGCUUUAUCGUGUGCUUGGAUCUUGUAGACCUUCAGAGGUUCCUGUUUCAAAAAUCUUCCAGGUGCUGCAAAUAGCCGGAUCCUGGAGUGAAAUCCUGUCGGAAUUCCGUCUGUAACGUGGAGAUUAAAUGUUGAUAAACACCUCUCUUCAUCUCUGCCUCUGUGUGCAUCCCAUUUCUCAUUAACAAACUUAUGUACACUGAUAGUUUCCGACAAACCUCCUCGUUGACUUUGUAAAUGGCUGCAAUAGAAUGAUCCCGCAACCAGCUUUCAGAAGCUGACUUUGAGUUUCACUUGUCGCACGGAAAUCAUCAAUGGGGGUGUGUACCAAGCAUGCAGGCAGUAGGUCGAUCCAUUCUUUGUGACGUCAUCUGAGUCUGCCGUUAUCAUGGACACCGCGAGGCAAGAAGCUUUGACUCGGUACUUUCCCAGUCAACAUCGAUUUUAAAAUAACUGGAACAUCGGGAUUAACUUUCUAAAACGUCAUCUCCAUGUAUCCAAUAACUAAUUUCUCGUUCAGACACAGCUCUGCCUGUACAGAGCAAGUGCAGGUGCACACACGCUCACAUACAUACAUAAGCACACGCACGCGCGCGCAAACACACACACACACACACGUACACAUACACACAAAACAAUAUUUUCAUUUCCCUGCAAAUGUCAUUAUCGGUUUGUGCAAAAUAUAUUUGAAAAAUCUAAACAAUGUAUUGUACAUCAAAGCUUCAGUUUCGUAUUUUUAAGUUUCAUCUUCUCUCCCACAACAAGAAAACCACAUUGUGCCGUGGUACAUUACCGUUACAUUACCGGAAACGGCUAAAUUGCGCUGCGCGGAAAGGCUACAGCAAAACCUUAGUGAACUUAAAACACCGGCCUUACAGAGAUUGAUGGCGCUGCUGGCACUUCCUAAAAGUGGUGCUGCUCCUCCUGCUGGAGCGAGGCAGUCGCUGUUAGCCCUGACUGCUGGUGCUUAUUUCACGCUGUUUGCUAUAGUCUCAUGUUCAAUAAAUUUUUGGA